GGUCGCGUUAAUGGGGAAAUUGGCAAACCCACCCAAAAUAGAAAACCUGGAAAACAAUUGUCGUCCCCAUAAACGGGAAGGAAGAAGAGUCCGGUGCGUGUCAUCAUCCAUCGAGCUCAUAAUCAUAUCGCAACAAAGGAACCUAAAAAACCCCUUCUUUUCUCAUAUUUUCUCUUCUCCGCAGAGCGCAGACUUUCUCAGGUGACAACCAAGCCUCAAACCACCACCUAACCCGCGGCCCCUUUCUCCCCUCUGUUCAUCCAGUUGCAGACAGGAAAAAGCCAACAGUCAGCCCCACAAAUCCCCUCCGCCGGAGCUAUCAUCCUCCAAACACUCGGAUAUGAGCGAUCCCGGGAAGCUGAACACCUCGAGCUCCGAAUUGGACCUGGAUCGACCCAACAUCGAAGAUUACCUCCCUUCUGGAGCAUCCAUUCAUGAACCCCACGGCCAGCUUCGCCUGCGCGAUUUGCUUGACAUCUCCCCGACGUUAACUGAGGCUGCCGGGGCGAUUAUUGAUGAUUCAUUUACACGGUGUUUCAAGUCGAAUCCGCCGGAGCCUUGGAACUGGAAUGUGUACCUUUUCCCUCUAUGGUGUUGCGGUGUGGUGGUUAGAUAUGGGAUUCUCUUCCCUGUCAGGGUUAUCGUGCUAACAAUUGGGUGGAUAAUCUUUCUGUCAGCCUACAUUCCUGUUCAUGUUCUGCUCAAAGGACAUGACAAAUUGAGGAAGAAGAUUGAGAGAUAUCUGGUGGAGUUAAUUUGCAGCUUCUUUGUGGCAUCAUGGACUGGAGUGGUGAAGUACCACGGUCCACGUCCCAGCAUGCGGCCGAAACAGGUUUUUGUCUCCAAUCAUACUUCAAUGAUCGAUUUCAUCGUCUUGGAACAGAUGACUCCAUUUGCUGUCAUCAUGCAGAAGCACCCUGGUUGGGUUGGACUCCUGCAGAGCACCAUUUUAGACAGCUUGGGAUGUAUCUGGUUCAAUCGUAGUGAGGCAAAGGAUCGUGAAACUGUAGCCAAAAAGUUACGAGACCAUGUUCAGGGGUCUGAUAACAAUCCUCUUCUCAUAUUUCCCGAAGGAACUUGUGUAAAUAACCACUAUACCGUGAUGUUCAAGAAGGGUGCCUUUGAACUAGGAUGUACCGUUUGCCCGAUCGCAGUCAAGUACAAUAAGAUUUUUGUCGAUGCCUUUUGGAACAGCCGGAAGCAGUCAUUCACAAUGCAUCUACUCCAGCUCAUGACAUCAUGGGCAGUUGUUUGUGACGUUUGGUACUUGGAGCCACAAACUCUCAAACCUGGGGAGACGGCUAUUGAGUUUGCUGAGAGAGUCCGGGACAUAAUCUCAGUGCGAGCUGGCCUCAAGAAGGUACCUUGGGACGGGUAUCUGAAGUACUCCAGGCCGAGCCCUAAACACAGGGAACUAAAGUAAAGCUAACUCGCCUUCCAUCUCAAACCCUCUCUUUGUUGUCCAUUAAGGAACUAUGAGAUAGCUGACACGGCUUGCUUGUAUGUUUGUCUAUGUAUUUUUCAGGCAACAAAGCUUUGCUGAGACGAUUCUACGACGGUUGGAGGAGCGGUAGAGAAAGAAAGGAAAGGUGUAGCUGUAUUUAGCAGUUCAUGUCGCAUCAUGUAAUGUUUCAAAUCUAGAACUUUAGCAGCACGGGUAAGCUUAUGGAUUAGGUUGAGAAUGAUCAAAGUUUUGAUAAUAAGAAAAGGUGUUGCCUUUGGCUUGGCUUUUGUAGCACUUACUGUGGGAAGACCUUGUUUGUAGUAAACGCAUGGAUUCCUCCCUCUGGUUUUCAGUGUUUGAUUUUUCCUUUCUCGAUGGUGAAAGGUGUUUUUUGUUUGGCUGUUUCCAGUUUAGUCCUGCUUUAGUCGUGUCCAUUACUGUACGGCAAAUUCUUGUUAAGUUACGGCGGACUUUUCAGCAGGGUAAACGGUC